AUGACUCGCCAAAGAGCACACCUCCAGAGCAAACGAAGAGAAAGAACAAUGGAGUCUCCCAAAUGUAACAACGAUGGCUACCAAAACAUCUUCGUGAUGCGUCACGGCGAUCGAAUCGAUAACUUCGAGCCACUAUGGGUUUCAACGGCCGCGAGACCUUGGGAUCCGCCUCUCAUUCAAGACGGCAAGAUCCGGGCGUUUCGAACCGGUCAAAGGAUCCGAUCCCAGAUCGGGUUUCCGAUUCACCGUGUCUUCGUCUCCCCUUUCCUCCGAUGUAUUCAGACAGCUUCCGAGGUCGUCGCAGCUCUCUCCGCCGUCAAUGUCGAUCCCAACGCCAUGUCUUCCAAGGACGUCCCUUCCAUUGAUAAAUCUAAGCUCAAGUCUAUGAAGUUGAGAUGCGAUGAUCAUCAUCCUUUGAUGUUUAUUAAGAUUGCUACUUGUGGUAUACUACAGGUUGCUAUUGAAUUUGGCUUGUGUGAGAUGUUGAACUCAGUGGCUAUAAGGCGUGAGCUUGCUCCUAAAGAUGGCAAAUUUGACUUCAGUAUCUCAGAUCUUGAAGCUAUGUUUCCUGAAGGAAUGGUGGAUCAUAAUGUGGAUCGGAUUUAUAAAGAGAUGCCGAAAUGGGAGGAAUCUCUGGAAGGUUGCAGAGAUCGGUAUGUUAAAGUGGUUAAGGCUCUUGCCGAUAAGUAUCCUACAGAGAACUUGCUCUUAGUCACCCAUGGGGAAGGAGUAGGAACCACCUUCUCGACGUUCUAUAAAGAGACAACUGUGUACGAAGUAGACUACUGUGCUUAUGUUGAGCUGAGAAGAGAGGUCCCAAGUAAAGAUGGGUCUGUUAAAGCUGGGGAGUAUGAGGUGGUUUUGAGUCAUGGUCAAGCUGGAAUCAGGUUUGGUCAAGACCCUGUGAGUCACGAUCCUGUCAUAAGCCGAACACCGGUUUAG